AUGCCAAUAGAAAGUUUGAUUGAAAAACUUUUAGUUUUCAAACAACAUAGAAUUAUUAUUGGUAUUUUGUCUUACCCUAUGACCAAAUUUGGAAAUCAAAAACGCAGUUUUAAUGYUUCAUAUUUUAUCAAACAUGAUUGGUUAGAAUACAGCAUACAAAAUGAUGCUUUAUAUUGCUUUCCGUGUCGUAACUUUGGUGCCAACGAUAAUGUCGAUAAUGAAGGAGUAUUUUCAAAAACUGGCUUUAGAAAUUGGAAAAAAUUGAGUGGGUCUAGAGGUGUCACAGGACAAAAACAGACCAAGCUUAAAGCUCAUUCUGGUACAAAAAGUCAUCUUACUUGUGUUGCUAAAUGGUUAGGACAUAAGAAUACUGAAACCAUUGGUAGUGUGCAUACACAAUUAUCAACACAACAUAAAUUAGAGGUUGAAGCUAAUAAAAGUUAUAUAAAAACAUUAAUUGAUAUCACAUUAUAUUUAAGUUGCCAAGGGCUACCAUUUAGAGGCCAUGACGAGUCAACUGAUUCACUUAAUAAAGGGAAUUUCAAGGAAGCAUGUUAA